CACCGACACGAAUCGGCCCGACAGAAGCCGUCAUCGUUGUUUAGCACCACCACUUACCAACACCGACAUCAACACCUCAAAUGUCACGUACGACUCCUUCGGACGAAUUUCCUCAGCUGCCUCAAGAACUGGUCAACACCAUCAUUGACCAUCUUCUGGAUGAUAUUCCUUCUCUUCGCUCCUGUUCUUUGGUAUGCCGGACAUGGAGAGAACAUGCACAGGAGAGCAUUUUCCACAAGCAGCGCUUCUAUGUAUCUGGUGGUCCCCAAGGCGAUCUCCACAAGUUUCGGAUUCUUCUCCGCAUGUCUCCACACUUGGGUGCCCUCGUGAAAGCCAUCGAGUUGUAUGCGAUUGGAUGGGUACCAUCGACACCCCUCCCUCCCAACCCCCAACUGGAAACAGCGACUCCCGAAGUUCUACCGCUGUUACCCAAAUUGCAGACAUUUUCAUUGAAAGUCACACAGGAUAAAGUGUGGGACCAGAUUGUUGGGGCGCCUGUUGCAGAAGCGUGCAAGUCAAUACUUCGUACGACGUUCCUCACCGAUAUCCAUCUGUCUGGGAUGAGGUUCGAUCUCUAUUCCGAUUUCAUAUGUCUUCUCUCAGACAUUGUCGCUGUUCGUGAGCUCAAUAUCUCGGCCAUUAUUAUCAAAAAAUACGACGUAGCCAAGCGAGUCGAUAGAAGGCACCUUCGCCUUACUUCUCUUCACAUGAAUCUGGCCCCUGCCCUCCUCAAAGUCUUUACACAGUGGUUUUUGAGUGACGAGUCACGUUUCGAUAUUAGCGAAAUAGGCAAGCUUACGGUACUAUCUACGCCCAAGAGUACUUUAACAUGCAGGGAAGCGCUUGAGAACAUCCUGAAGCGCAUAGAAGCCGGCGCGAUCACAUCUCUCGGUCUCCAGAAUAUCUUGUCAGGCCCCUUAUCCGCCUUCGCGUCUCUUCGAAAUUUACAGACGAUCACAUUAUUAACGAAAUCUUUAUUCCCUUCCAAGAGCAUAGCCUGGCUUGCGCAGGAUAUCAUGGAGGGAAAUUUUCAUGCCGUACGGGAGUUCUAUGUUCACCUCGAAAUAUCUCCAUUCCAGGAUAAUGUGCCUACAAAUAACGAUUGCCACGUCGUGGACUCAAUUGCUAGCACCUGCUGCGAUGUUAAAGUGUGUGUUGUGUUGUUGUGCUAGGUGCAUUGGGAAAGUGCUGUAGCCCGUUUCACUAAUGAGAUACAAGCUAUGCUUCUAAAUCUUCAUCACAAGAACCUGCUUCACUUUGGUACGUAAAUAAUCUGUGUAUCUGAUUCUGUAUCCUGUCGAUGAAAUUUCUCAUAGAUUUGUGGACAGUCUCAGAAGACGUGUAUCACCGAUAUGACA